AUGUUGCUAACGGAACCAUCGGUCCUCCUUAGCUUCAGCUAUCCCAACGGUGAACCCCAGACUCCGACGAGGACUCCCCCCACGAGCUUCUUCAGUGACGCUGCCUUCCAAACGCCAAAACUCGAAUCCAGCUUUUUCGAUCCACGAGUCACAUGGGACACCUCCGAUCCAUACGCUUCGAGCCCUGAGUUCUUCCGCACGCCCCAGCGGUUUGGGUUGAACAGCCCCCGGUUGCCCGAACAAAAGUCGGCUCAAGUUCUGGGGUCUCCAGAAUUACACAAUGCAAAACCAUUGAGCUCUCAGGUCGAGACUGCUAGGAAGCGUCGCCCAUCGAAACCUUAUGGACACUGUGAAGAUGGCUCCAGGACCGUCGAGUCAAUCAGAUCGGCUGCCUCCAUGCAGACCCCUCCGCCAAGUAGCGCCUCGAGGACAAAGGUAACGGAGUUUGGAGGUCUGAAUAGUGCGGGGCGUCGGCCGCCGGCCGCGAGUACAGCGGCGGAACACCUGGAGACUCCCAGCCGAGUCAUGGGCGCCUCUCCCCGGUUGUUCGGAGACCUUCAGUCGUCCCCGGACCCGUUCCAACUGGGUUCGAUCAAUCCGUCAACAUCGCCCUUCUUUCCGCAACAGAGGCUGUUCUGGGACCAUGGGCUCGACCAGCACACAACAGAUCUGGCUUUGUCCGGGAAUGAAGGCGGCUUGUUCGGCUCGGCAACUGCAGACUCACUCCACGCGAGUACAACAAAUCCUCCACAAGAACCUCAGAUCCCGCAGUUACCCCACAUCGACAGAAACAUGGAGCUUUCCGACUUUAGCAACACCAUUUACGGCUUAUCCUCUGGUGCUCCAACCGACGCUGCCUUGUUUCCCGCCCCCUUUUCCACCUCUCCUCGACUCCCAUUACCAAAGGCAGAAGACCCCGCCCUGUUCCUAAGCUCCCCUGCACGACGAUUCGGAGGGCAUCAGCCUACCCCGGAGAAGCGGUCAUUCUCGAGGCAACAUCGGCAACCGUAUCACCACCAAACAGAGGAGUUCAAACGGGAAGAGCUCCGACGGGCUCAGGGAGUCAACCUUCAACUCUCCGAAGAAGAGGACGAUGACUACACGCCUCGGCAGAAUAGGCCUACAUUGACUCGCAGCCUCACUGUCAGUGCAGUGAAUGCGUCUCGCCCGGGAUCUGGUGGGGCAAUGUCUUCUGCUAGUGGCAUACGGAAGAGCCCGUCAAAAGGGCGAUCGUCGCCGAUCAAAUCACUCCGUGCUCCGUUAUCUAGAUCCAACUCGCUGGCCAGUGGCUUUCCACGACGAUCCCAGUCAGUAGUCUUGAAAAUUGGCAAAGAUGGCAGAGCGAAGACGGAGAUGCAGCCUGUUCUUGAGGCAUCAACUGGGCUGACGGAUCCUCUAAACAGCAUGGAUAUGGGCGGCUCCCCCACAGAGAGCGAGUAUGAUUCGGCAGAGUUUCCGGAAUAUCCUCUGUCUAGCAGCCGCAAUCCUUCGUAUGCCUUCUCAGAAGCCGGGAGAUCUACGAUCGCUCGGAGUGACUCUGGCUCACGGCCCCCUUCUAUGGGCUCUCUCACUUCAUCUCACUCAGGCCGAGUCUCUCCCUGGGCUACUGCUCCUCGAGGCCCGGCCAGAAGGCCACCCUUGAAAGCUACGCUGGAUGACUGGAAGAGGACCCCGAAGAGGCAGACCUCGAUGUUUCCAGCCGAUUUAUCAUAUAGCAGCGCGGCUUCCAUGUCUGGCAGUUUUGCUGACAUAGAAGAGGACACUGGCGAUGCCCAGCAUGCCCUUCGCAAAGUCCUGCAAGACAAAGGCCGGAUACCGAGAUCACAGACCGUUGCAAGCUUUGGCUCCCGAUCGCAUCGCUCACUGCAGUCAUUGGCACAGCUCCAGUCGUCCCCUCCUCGCUUCGGCACGGAGCUAGACUCGGAUUCUCGAGAAACAAACACCUCUCCCACGACCGUGACCGACCCUGACCUUGCAACUCCCUCCACCGACCGAUAUAGCAAUCCAAGCAAUGGAACCAGGUGCGUCUGCAACUCAAUGGAUAAUGGUGGCCAUUUGAUGAUCCAAUGCGAAUCGUGCAGCCACUGGUUACAUACGAAAUGCGUCGGCCUGGAACGGUCCAACCUCCCCUCCGUCUACGUCUGCGUCUUCUGCGCGCAAACGCCGUCUCGGAAAAAUCGAGUCCGUGUCCCAGCCAGCGGUGUCGGCCAUGCACCGACUUCACCACUCGCCCACAAGUCGUAUCGAUUUCGAUAA